AUGGUAUAUUUCAAUCGUUUUCGAUCCAUUGCCGCACUGAUGGUUUUAAAUGCACCAAAGUGCAGUUCAUUUGUGGUCGCCAACAACAAUCCUGCGAGAUCAUCGUGGUCAUCAUCCAGCACCACCACCAGACGUGGCGUCGGAUUCUUUUCCACCAGCGACACCACCACCAGUUCUUAUUGGAAUGAUGCGGCAAUAGCAACCAACCAAGUGGAACAAUUCUACGAUUCUUUAUCAAAGGACACAAAGGUUCCCACGAUCUGGAAGUCUCGAGAGGAAGCGUCGGCAUUUCUUACGGACCACAUUGAUACAGUCCUUUUCGAUUGCGACGGUGUCUUGUAUAGAACGCAAGAGGCAUGUCCAGGGGCCAAGGAAGCUCUACUUUCACUCGAGGCCAUGGGAAAGAAAGUACUAUUCGUUACAAAUAAUGCAGGAGUAAACCGACAAGGCCUGCGAACAAAAUUGAGCAAGGUCCUGGAUAUCCCAUCGCUGACAGAAGAUCAAAUGGUGUCGAGCUCGUAUUCCUCCGCAAGGUACCUACAAGAGCAAUUGAAACCCAAAAGUCGAAUAUUUGUGAUUGGGAGUCCUCAGCUUCGAGCUGAAGUAGAGAGCGCCGGCUUUAUCAUUACCAACCUUCCAGAUUCGAGCAGCAGUAGUGCGUCGAUGGAUCGGGAAGAGUUGGAAGCUUAUGAAUUCAAUGAAGGCCCAAUUGAUGCCAUUGUGGUAGGACAUGAUACAGAGUUUACUUUCAGAAAGCUAUGUGUUGCAAACAACUUGCUGCUACAAAAUCAGGAUGCCUUACUAGUGGCCACAAAUCAUGAUUCGUUUGAUAUUGUUGGCUCAGACAAUCGACAUAUUCCGGGAAAUGGUUGUGUGGUAAAAGCUCUAGAGUAUUGCUCUGGGAGGCAAUCAAUAAAUGUUGGUAAACCGAGCAAGAUGCUUUCUGACCUCAUCGCCAAGGAUCACGAUCUUGAUCCAACGAGAUGCUUGUUUGUCGGUGACCGCCUUGACACAGAUAUUCGUUUUGGAAACGAGAAUGGAAUGGCAUCAUUACUAGUCAUGUCAGGGGUUACGACAGCCGAGAAACUGCGGCAAUUGGGAGAAGGAACAACCGAAGAACCACUGCCACACUAUGUGCUUCCACACGUUGGUAUGCUUUUUUGA